UCAUCGCGCACGUUCAACAACUUCCUGUUUCGUGAAAAAGCUGCGCAUGCGCCCUGCGGAUUUCAGUACUUGGGAAGUUGGGAGUGAUCGUGCUGGAGAUCAGAUGGCAGUGUAAGGAAAGAUCUUUGCUGCUCUGUAUUCUAACUGAACAACCAUGAAGAUUGCUGUGGAGGGUUGCUGCCAUGGGGAGCUCGAUAAGAUCUAUGAGACUAUCCAGUUCCUGGAGAAGAAAGAGAACACUAAAGUAGACCUCUUGCUCUGCUGUGGAGACUUUCAAGCGGUUAGGAAUGAGGGGGACAUGAAAUGUAUGGCUGUGCCUCCAAAAUACCGCCAGAUGCAGUCUUUUUACAAGUAUUAUUCUGGUGAGAAACAAGCUCCAAUACUUACCAUCUUCAUUGGAGGGAAUCAUGAGGCUUCAAAUUACCUCCAGGAACUGCCCUAUGGUGGCUGGGUUGCACCAAAUAUAUACUACCUGGGAUAUGCUGGUGUUGUGAACUAUCGAGGGGUGAGAAUUGGUGGAAUUUCUGGAAUUUUUAAAUCCCACGAUUAUAGAAAAGGUCAUUUUGAACACCCUCCAUACACCAAAGAUACAAUUAGAAGUGCAUAUCAUGUGAGGAACACAGAGGUCUUUAAACUUAAGCAGCUAAAAGAACCAAUGGAUGUGUUUCUGUCUCACGACUGGCCACGAAGUAUCUAUCACUAUGGGAAUAAGAAACAGCUCUUGAAGAAAAAGGAGUUCUUCACACAAGAGGUGGAGAACAACACCCUCGGUAGCCCGGCAGCCAGCGAGCUCCUCCACCACCUCCAGCCAUCAUACUGGUUUUCUGCUCAUCUCCACGUCAAGUUUGCUGCUUUUAUGCAACAUCCAAAUAAAGAAGGUGACAAUUUACCUAAAGCAACAAAGUUCUUGGCACUUGAUAAAUGUCUACCACGUCGAGAAUUUCUCCAGAUUAUAGAAGUGGAGCAUGAUCCGAGUAAACCAGAUCAACUAGAAUAUGACCUGGAAUGGCUGUCCGUUCUAAAAGAAACUAAAGACCUUCUGAACAUUACGCCCCAAACAUGGAAUAUGCCGGAGAACAAUGGUCUGCACAGCAGGUGGGAUUACAGCGCAACUGAACAAACUAAACAAGAAGUCCUUGAAGACCAGGGCAAUGACCUUAGUAUCCCACUAAACUUUUGUGUCACUCUACCCUCUUAUAACCCAAACAAUCCACAGCAUAAGAGGGUAGCAUCCCAUGUAGUUAAUCCACAGACAACAGAGUUCUGUGCCCAUUUUGGACUUAUCGACAUCAAUGCCAAGGUCCGCCGAAAUGAUGACGGUGGAGAGUUUGACACAGCGGAAGAUAAUGAGGUUGACAGCAGUGGUUCUGUGGAAGAUCCUAGUGAAUACAGCACUGACACUUCCAUCCUCUCGUCUUCAAUUAACCCCGACGAGAUCACUCUGGAGGAUGAUGAGGAUGAAGACCUCUCUGUACAGUCUGUGGAGCCUUCUCCAGAACAUACUCCAGACUUAUCCGUGAACUUCUCUAACAUUCGUGUAGUUCCUGAUUCAAUGGCUGUCUCAUCAGAUGAUGCUAUGGAUUCAACCAAUGAUGAGAUGGAACGGUCAGAGAGCAGUCAGACUGAAGGGGAAGGAAAGAACCCCGAGAGACAGCUCAAGAGGUUAAGUGAUGAGAAUGGACGAGGCAGCAUAAAGAUUAAACGGCGGAAUCAGGCUAUUUACACAGCAAAAGAUGAAGAUGAUGAGUAAAUGGACUAGCUUGUAGAAUGAAACUUUGAUAUCUACUCGGAGGGAACCCGUCACUAAUUUGGGACUACUAAACCCACAGCAUCUCGUUACGCAGCUGGAGUUUAGCGUUCUGAACCUACCAAUAUCAAACCUGGGAGUUUCUGCAUUGUGUAGUAAAAUAACUUGUAGUUUACUGGAUUAUAGUCUGGGACUCAUCUCCAGAAGCAUUGGUACUCGUCACUUUACUGCGCGACAAAUGAAAGUGAGUUUUUUUACAGAACAAUGCAAAAACGGACAGUUUUAAUAUGGGCAGGUUUGAUACUCUAAACCUAGUGACUGGAUCCCUUUUAAAAUGAACAGACUUUGUCGUACCAUCAGCUGCAACAAAGUCUGAGGUAUGGGCUAAGUUUGACUGUUUAUUUUACUGUUAAAGGGGUUGUCCGGCUUCAGGAGGAAGCUGGACAAAGCCUUUGAUCCACCUGAAAUAUAGAAUAGAUAAGUUCUUUCCUGACAGAACCUGCAACACUGCUUGGUUCUCCCACAGCCUCUAUUUACCCAGCUGCAGUGAUGACGUCUUAUCGACAAUACAUGAGCACUGCAGCCAAUCCCAGGCCUUGUCGGGUGCAUUGCUGAGGCUGUUGAUCGGCUCCAGCAUUCAUGCAUUGUGACGUUACAACUGCAGCUGGGUAAAUAGAGCCCGGCCAGAAGAACCAAGGAGUGGCCACGCAGGAUCGGUCAUGUAAAUACUUACCCAUUCUUUAAUUAAGAUGGUUUCCCGCUUCCCUCUUGAACCUGGACAACCCAUUUAAUGUUUUAAUAUUAUUUAGUAAUUCUGAAAUAUGUCUGGCACAAAGUUUUGUGUUCUUUUUAAAGAUUUUAUAUUUGAGUUAAUAGUGCCCAUCUUAUUUCCCUUAUAAAUUAUAGUCCUGUAAAAUGACACGUUUCCAGUGUAUAAAGUAUGCUUAUUUUAAUAUUUCUUUCGUAAAGUUUAUGGGCAGAAAUUAAUUUAAGGGAAAAAAAAUUAAUAAACCAGGACUCUUUAAAUUGUGU